GCACUGUUAGAGACAGCCCUGACCCGAGUGGUCCUACCGAUGCCUAUACUGGUUCUACCUCCAAUCAUCGUCUCUCUGCUGGAAAAAACAGCUUUCCUGCGAUCCCGCCCGCGGCUGAUUCUCCCAGUCCAGAGCCUCGUGUGCCUUGCUGCCUUCGGCCUGGCCCUCCCGUUGGCCAUCAGCCUCUUCCCGCAGAUGUCUGAGAUUGAGACGUGGCGCCUGGAGCCCGAGAUCGCCCGAGCCACGGCCAGCGAGACCGUCACCUACAACAAGGGCCUGUGA